AUCACUUGAAAAGUAAGAGAGAGAGAAAGCGUUAUACAACAGAAAAUCAGGUUGAGAGCAGAAAAAAGAAGGAAAAGUCGUGAAAUCUUCAUCCAGUUUUUGCACCCAUGAGAAUGAGACUACAGAACUCCGGAGACUAGUGAAAUUGAGAUUGAAGCUGACCAUAGAAGAGAUUGAAGGAACCUGAUAAGCCUGGCGAGUCAGCACGUUCCAACGAAACGGCCUGCCCUGCCAGGUGAACCCAGCGGUCCAGAAUGGCCUCACAGCGGCAAUAGGACGCGCACUGCGACUCGUGUACAAUUCGGAAAGCGAUGCAUGAGGUUUUCGUAUUCAAGCUGAUGCUUGCUUUAGUUGAGUCGUACCGAGAAGUGCGACACCUGUCCACAAGCAGCGGCGACACCUAUCUCACCAACCCCAUAUCAAUAUCAGGACCUAGGACGAAAGUCGCAUAUAUGUCGGACUGGGUUCGGAUCCUGUUUCUUCCCCAGCGCAGAAGCCAUUCUCAAGUUCGAAUCACUCUCAGCCGGCGCCCAUGGCUCACAAACCUAGGGCGUUCCACCUGAGUCCCAAAAGACGACGAGCCUUCAUCUCCUCUCCACGAAAUCCAUUCGUUCGUUCCUACCAGAGUCUCUUCG